CCGCCACCGCCGCCGCCUCCGCUGCCGCCUGACCAGCCUGGGCCUUCACCGCCACCGCCAGAGCAUCCGUGAGUCAUUUUGGGCCCAUCUCUGGGUGCGAGAUCUCUGCUGUUGUCACCACCUUAGAGAGGUGUGCGGGGCUAGCAGCAUGGCAGAAGCGGAUCCUAAAAUGGUCACAGAAGCUGCCGUCCAUGGGGUUGCUGAAGAGGCUAUGGCUAGCUCAGCUAGUGAUUCUGGGGAAGAAUCUGACAGCAAUAGCUCUAGCAGUACCACUAGUUGCAGCAGCAGCAGCAGCAAUAGCAGCAGCGGCAGCAGUAGCAGUGGCAGUGGGAGCAGUGGCAGUCAAGUAUUCCAAAAGAAGAGGGUACCUGAGCCUUCCAGAAGGGCCCAGCGGCAUCCCUCCGGGAAACAUUUCAUGGAUAAGCUGCCCCAGGCAGUGAGAAAUCGGGUGCAAGCACUCAGAAAUAUUCAGGAUGAGUGCGACAAGGUAGACACCUUGUUCUUAAGGGCAAUUCAUGAUCUUGAAAGAAAAUAUGCUGAACUCAAUAAGCCUCUAUAUGAUAAGCGUUUUCAGAUCAUAAAUGCAGAAUAUGAGCCUACAGAAGAGGAGUGUGAAUGGAAUUCAGAGGAAGAGUUCAGCAGUGAUGAGGAAAUGCGUGAUGACACACCUAACGAAAUGCCACCCUUAGAGGGUGAGGAGGAAGACGAAAGCUGUAAAGAGAAAGCUGAAGUGAAGGAAGAAGAAAAGAACAUUCCAAGAGAAGUUCCUGAGGCGAAAGUUGAAGAAGAGGAGGCUCCCAAAGAAAUUCCUGAGGUGAGAGCUGAAGAAAAAGAAAUUCCAAAAGAAGGAGCUGAAGAAAAAGUUGUAGAAAAGGACGCCUCUGAAGAAAUUCCAGAGGUAAAGGUUGAAGAAAAAGUAGACUCUAAAGAAUGCAUAGAGAUAACUCCUGAACAAAAAGAAGACCCCAAAGAAGUUCCCCAAGCAAAUGCAGAAAAUAAGGAUCAGCCUACAGAAGAAUCUAAACCUAGGGCUCCAGUGAGAGAGGCCCAAAAAAGAGUUCCAGAGACAAGGCCUGAAGGAGGAGUGAAUAUUAAAAGAGCUAGAAAGGGAAAACCCAAGAGAGAAGAUCCUAAAGGUAUUCCUGACUAUUGGCUGACUGUUUUAAAGAAUGUUGAUAAGCUUGGGCCUAUGAUUAAAAAGUGUGAUGAACCCAUUUUGAAGUUCUUAUCUGAUGUUAGCUUGAAGUUCUCAAACCCUGGGCAGCCUAUAAGUUACACUUUUGAAUUUCAUUUCCUGCCUAACCCAUACUUCAGAAAUGAGUUCCUGAUGAAGACAUACAUAAUAAGGUCAAAACCAGAUCACUAUGAUCCUUUCUUCGCUUGGGGAUGGGAAAUUGAAGAGUGCAAAGGCUGCAAAAUUGAUUGGAGACGAGGAAAAGAUGUUACAGUUAAAACCACCCGAAGUCUCCCAGCUGCUACUGGAGAAACUGAAGUCCAGCCAAGAGUAGUUCCUAAUGCCUCCUUCUUCAAUUUCUUUAGUCCGCCUGAGAUUCCUUUGAUUGGGAAGCUGGAGCCAAAAGAAGAUGCUAUCCUUGAUGAGGACUUUGAAAUUGGUCAAAUUUUGCAUGAUAAUGUCGUCUUGAAGUCAAUCUAUUACUUCACAGGAGAAAUCAAUGAUCCCUACUACCAUGAUGUUAGGGAUUAUGGAAACCGGAAGUACUACAAGUGAAAAGGGCAAGCUGAAAGAGUUUCCAAGAAUCUUUAAAAGUCAAGCAAGCAGAAGGGAAACAGAUUCACCUAAUCUUAUAAAAGAUAAAACUUGCCCUGUAACCUGAACACUAUUAUUCCUUAUAGUCUUGUGUUUUCAUUUUCCCUGGUAGUGUCCUAAAAGGUGUCUUAAACAUCUGUUUAUUUUACCUUGCCUGGUGUAUUGUAAUAUUCUUAAAAAUAUUUAAAUGGCUGCUAAUUUCCAACGCAUGGGUUUUUUGUUUUUGUUUUUGUUUUUUGUUUUUUGUUUUUGUUUUUGUUUUGUUUUUUUUUUUUGGUGCUAAAGUGUUGGUUUUGUGAAGUCGUUUCGUCAUGUUCCUAUUAGAUUGUACCUGUGAAAAUUGUCAGACUUGUUAGACAAAUCUUUGCCUGAAAAUGCAAAACUUUAAAUGCCAAUGUAUAUGUAUUUUCUCUUUCUUUUUUCAGCCCAGAAGACUAAGGACUCAAAUCUGCUUGCACUAGUUGUGCCUUCAUUACUUUGCCAUAGAAAUGUAGUAAUAAUACCAACUAAAAUAUUCUAUUGUGAAAUGUAGUUGCUUGAAAAGAAGAUGAGAAUAUAUUUAAAAAUGUCUUUCAAGAUCACUUUAGAAAUUUGUGGAUUUGUUUGUGUGAUGUGGUCAAUAAGCAAAAAUAUUGUUUACCGUUGAGGUGUUAAAUAUGAUAUAGUAUUUUAAAAAGUUGCCUCAUUGUAUAUUAUGUAAUUGAAAACUAAAGAAACCAUAUUUUCUCUGUAGUGUGUUUUACUUUGCCAUUCAUUGAAAAUUAUUUUAUCAUUUGAUAUUUUUCAUGUUCUUUUAUUGCACCCUAAAAUAAAUAUUAAAUAAACUGGUAUGCUAUGAAAAUGAUGCCGUUUUCUUGUAAUUAUAA